UCUACUGGACGGCGCUGCCGGUUCUAAACAAUUCGAAAUACCUGCGUAAUUGGAAUAAAUGUUACGUUUACCGUGCAAAUCAAUUUUUGGCGUACUUAUGUUCUUUUGUUUAUCUAGAAGCGUUAGUACACAGAUUUAUAGAAAUAUGAGUAGUCUUGCGGGACUUCACUCUGUAGUGUACGUUACCGUACCAACGCAAGAAGAUGCCAAAACAAUAGCGCACGGCUUGGUGAAAAAUAAGUUAGCUGCGUGCGUCAAUAUCAUACCAUCGAUCACAUCAGUAUACGAAUGGAAGAAUAAAAUUAACGAAGACAGUGAACUUCUAAUGAUGAUAAAAACUAGAACAGAUACUGUGGAUUCUUUGACCAAAUACGUAAAGGAAAACCAUCCAUACGAAGUAUGUGAAGUAAUUUCUUUGCCUAUUCAAAAUGGGAAUGAAAAGUAUCUUCAGUGGAUCGGUGAAAUAGUUCCACCCAUUGAUCAGAGACAAGGAAAAACAGAUUAAAUUUUCCUUUUCUGUAAAUGAUUAAAAAAAAUCUUAGGUCAUAGUAGAACCAUUUACUUUUAAUGUGCACCAAAAUAACGCGUUUGAAAAGUACUUCUAAGGACCACUUAUUUUUAUAAAAAAUUGUGUUACAGCAUUUACCAAGAAACAAAUUCAUUUAUUGAAAUAUAAAAUUAAAAGUAUUAUAAUUGAUUUA